AUGAGUUUGGAUACAAUUGUUUAUUUGUUACACCAGUAUUGGGUCGAUACUACUGAUGAACAUAUUAAGGACUAUGAAUUUUUUGGUGCUGGACCUGCACUAUUGAUAUUAAUUAUGUUAUCAUGGCUUAUAUUUGUCACUAAACUGGGCCCAUUUGUCAUGAAUAAUCGAAACCCAUUAGUUAUGCGAGAAAUAAUAAUUGGAUAUAACUUUGUAUUAGUUGUGAUCAACAUUUACUUCAUAUACGCUUCACUCAAAAGGUUAGAGUUUGGCCGCAAGUCAUGGAACCCAAGACUACCCCCGAGUAACCAAUGGUCUCAGAAAGACAUCGCAUUGUUACCCUUAAAAUGUUUUUACUUUUACACAAAAUUAUUUGAUUUAUUGGACACAAUAUACUUUGUGUUGAGAAAAAAGUCAAAUCAGAUCUCAUUUCUUCACGUCUAUUACCAUUUUAUGGUUCCUGUGAUGGGUUGGCUGGCGGUUAAACAAUGUUCGCAAUCAGUUAUUGUUGAAGUAUUUUGUUUACUCAAUUCCAUUGUCCAUACGGUUAUGUAUUUGUAUUACUUAUUGUCGGCAUUUGGACCCCAAAUACAGCCCUAUUUAUGGUGGAAGCGAUAUAUAACACGAUUGCAGAUAUUACAAUUUAUAAUACUUUUAGUGUAUGCAUCUUGGUGUAUUACCUGUGGUGAUAUGUCCCGUUAUCCACAUGGUGUCAAAUGGUUGGUCACUAUUCAGCCCAUUGUUUUUAUAUACAUGUUCACCAAUUUCUAUAAAAAUUCAUAUGAAAGUAAAAUUAAAACCAAUUAA